AGAAGUUUACAAAGCUGAAAUGGCAAAUGGUCAAGCAUUUGCUGUUAAAAAGUUAAGGUUUCAUGGUGACAUAGAGAUGGAGGAGGUGAAAAGUUUCAAGAAUGAGAUUGCAGCCCUGACAAAGAUAAGGCAUCAAAACAUUGUAAAGCUCUAUGGAUUUUGUUCUCAAAGUAGACAUUUAUUUUUGGUGUAUGAGUUCAUGGAAAGGGGAAUCCUGGCUAAGAUCUUGAGCAAUGACAUAGGAGCAAAGGAAUUAGAUUGGACGAGAAGGAUUGGAGUUAUUAAAGGGGUAGCUCAUGCUCCAUCGUAUAUGCAUCAUGAUUGUGUUCCACCUAAAAUUCAUCGAGACAUAUCGAGAAAGAAUGUCUUAUUGAGCUCUGAACUCGAGGCCCGUGUAUCAGAUUUUGGCACUGCAAGGUUGUUGAAUCCUAAUUCAUCCAACUGGAUUGCAGUUGCAAGAACUUAUGGCUUUGUUGCUCUAGAGCUUGCUUACUCCAUGGCAGUCACUGAACAAUGGAUGUAUAUAGCUAUGGUGUUUUGGCAAUUGGCACUUGAAGUUCUGAUGGCACUUAAGCUUUAAACAAGUGAAUAACACUUCCUCAUCAGACGAACAUUAGUCCGAUGAUUCCUAAGUGGAUGGCGGCAAUACAAAAUUAUUUUUCCUUUUAAAUUGGCUUAUUUUGCUUUUUUUGUUGUUUCCUCCAAGUGUUACAUUUAUAUGGAAAUCCUUGAUUGUAUCAACAAUUUAGCCUAAUUG